GUUACUUUGGUCCCAACAACUCAGUAGGACUUGAAGCCCAAUCAAAAUAAUCAUGUCAAAUCCACCCGCUUCGUCUUCGUCUUCACGUGUCACUUUUGCCUGCUUGACUCAUAGAAACCUUGGGACUGUCAAGAAACUGAAUUCGGUCCUGUUUCCCAUCAAGUACAGCGACAAGUUCUACCAGGAUAUCAUAGCUCCCGAAGUCGAAGACUUCUGCCAGCUCAUCUAUUAUAACGAUGUCCCUGUGGGCAACAUCUGCUGCAGAUUGGAGAACAAAGAUCUGUAUCUCAUGACCAUGGGCGUCCUGGCACCAUAUCGCUCCAAGCAACUUGGUUCUCAGGCCCUGAAACGCGUCAUCAAGGCUGCUGCUUCUCAUUCCAAACCCAAAAUCAGACGUAUAUACCUUCACGUACAAGUCUCAAACACUGAUGCCAAGAGGUUCUACGAGAAACAUGGCUUCAAAGAAGUGGGCAUCAAAGAGGACUAUUACAAGAAGAUUAUGCCACGUGAUGCGUGGAUAUUAGAGAGGAUCAUUGAAUCUGAAGACAAACAGGACCAGGAGAAGCCUCAAUUGUGAAAUUGCAACCACUGCUGCGAUGCUGCGAAUGUUUCGCUAUGCCAAUCAUUCCUUCCGGUACAAACUUCCUGCAUCAAUGUUGAAUAUGAUAUUAGUAUGUGGAGUAAAUUGCAAUCGAGCGAUUGAUAAUUCUAUAUCAUCAAGUUAGCUUUGCAACACGGCGCAGAGCAAGUUACUAACAAACAACGCCAUUUCAAUUUGCAUCUUCAUCAUAUCCACAAUGCUUCACAAGCUGAUCAAAUCAAUGAGAUCAUGAUCUUCUAGGGGGACAAAUUCAAUGGUACCUGGUGCCUUUUCAGUGCAUCUUUCCUCGUAAAUGUCUUUCCGCAGCCUCCAUUGCACAAAAACGGUUUCUCUCCCGAGAGAAUGGUCGUGUAGGGGAUGC